CAAGUGGAUGUCCCAAGCUACACAACUCACAUUUUUAUUGGCUAGCAGAAAGAAAUCUAGAUUUUAGAGAGAUAUUAUUCUGACCUCUUGUAUUUGCUGGUUGGCUGGUGAGGAGAGAUCGAUGGCAACAUGUUAUGGCCUAUCCAUGUGUUUAUGGCCAAAACCAAAAACCCCACCUUCAUUCACAAAUCUAUCUUCCCCUCUCUUCCCUCUCCCUUCUCUCCCACACAGAAAACCCGACACCAUCAGCUUGUCAUCGUCUUCAUCUGCCUCCAUGGAUUCAGCCUUGAGCAACGAAGUGGCUCAAGACUUCUCUCCCUUCCUCAAAAUAUACAAAGAUGGUAGAGUGGAGAGACUUUCAGGCACUGAUGUUGUUCCCACAUCACUCGAUCCACAAACAGGCGUCGAAUGUAAAGAUGCCGUGAUUUCUGCCGAAACCGGCGUGUCAGCCAGACUCUACAUCCCCAAAACCAAAAUUACCACAAACUCAACAAAGCUUCCUCUCCUUAUUUACUAUCACGGGGGUGGAUUUUGCAUGGGGUCACCGUUUUGUGCCUACUACCACAACUAUCUCACAACCCUAGUUGCCGAGGCAAAUGUUGUUGCUGUCUCUGUUGAUUACAGGAAGGCCCCAGAGAACCCUCUGCCUUUAGGGUAUGAUGAUUCAUGGGCUGCUCUCGGUUGGGUUCAAUCCCAUAUUGAAGGGCAAGGGCCUGAAGAGUGGCUAAAUUCAUAUGCUGAUUUCGAAAGAGUGUUUUUUGCUGGUGACAGUGCUGGGGCUAACAUAGCUCAUCACAUGGCUGUGAGAUUAGGGCAUGAGGGUUUGGUUGGUGUCAAUCUCAAAGGUAUUAUUUUGGUGCAUCCUUAUUUUUGGGGGUCAGAACCAAUUGAGGGUGAGACUGAUGUGGUUGAGAAUAGGGCAAGGGCUGAGGCUAUAUGGCGGUUCGCUUAUCCGACUACUAGCGGAGCGGAUGACCUGCUUAUAAACCCGGGAAAGGAUCCGAAGCUGUCGAAAUUAGGGGCAGAGAGAGUGCUGGUUUGUGUUGCUGAGCAAGAUGCGUUGAGGCAAAGAGGUUGGUAUUAUAGUGAUUUAUUGAGGAAAAGUGAGUGGGGAGGAAAUGUGGAGGUUGUGGAGUCUAAGGAGGAGGACCAUGUAUUCCAUUUGAACAAUCCCGUUGGAGACAAUGCUGUGGCUUUGCUCAUGAAAAUUGCUUCCUUCCUUAACCAGGAUAUAUAAAUGCCUGAAAUUGGGUUCUAUAUUUCUAAAUUAAUGGUAGUUUUAAUAAGUCUUUAGUUCUGUAAUAAGCAAUAAAAACCUGCAAUUUGAAUUUGCUCUUCUCAGCAAUUCGACCACUCGUUUUUAGAGUGAUCAUUCUCACUUCAUUGCUGUACUUUGAUCCCUUUCUUGAUUAUUGUACGCUUUAUUGGAAUUUACUAUUCUAAUUUAUAGAGAAGCGAAUUCAAAUUUAGAGUGAUCA